AGUCAGCCACCAGCGCUCAAACAGUCAACAACAAGAAGCUUCCGAACCUUUCACGCUUGGAUCUACCAGUGCCUCCUAGUGCCCACCAGUGCCCCUGUGUCGGACAGCAGCAGCAGCAGCAGCAGCAGCAUCACCAAAGGCCAGACAGCAUGGCGUGUGCCCUACGGACAGUAAUAGCCUGCGGGAUUGUUCUGGCAGUUAUUGAUAUUCUGCACGGGUUGACAACGCUGGGCUUCUACGGCUACAGGUUCUUCUCCUACUUCUUCUUCCUUUGCUCUCAGAGUACAACGAUACAGAAGUGCUACGAUGAGAAAUACUUCUACGAGCAAUUGUUUGAGUGGAGGACUUACUACGGCUUCGGGGAGGCCACUGUCACUCUCCUGUUUUCCAUCAUAUACAUCAUUGCCCUCGUAAAGCAUCUGUCCUGCCUGUCCUGGAUGUGGAUCUUCAAGGCCGUCACCGUAAUGGGAGUGAACGUGUACUACAUCAGCAAGUGGAUGGUGCGCAUGGACACCCUUCAUCUCCCCAAGGAGAACGAGGAUUUCUUGAAGCUCUUCCUGUGGGUGAACAUUGGCCUCACCAUAGGGCAGCUCGCCAUCACCCUCGCCUUCUGCGUCAUCACCACCGUCUUCUGCUACGUGGUGGCUCGUAAGCGCAGGGAGAGACGCCGUAGCCUCCGCAACCUCCACCCACGCAGCCCCAGGUUCAGGAAUGGCAACCCCACUGCCCCGCCCCUGGACAGUUACGAUGACAGCACCUCCUACUUGAACCAGGCCCUCGCUGACAGCACCAACAAGCUCCCCCUGCAGACGUCCUCUACGAGUAUUGAUAAGUCCGAGACACUCAAACACCAACCCACUGAAGUUUAAGGAGACACUCUUAGAUGUUUUAAUUUAUCAUUCAAAUAAUCUUUUUUUUUUUUCUUGUGGGGGAUUAUAUUUGUUCUGUCCCCCUCUUUUGAUGGUUUGUGCUAAGGGAAUGUCUGUUUAGUAUGAGAAGAGGAGUUUUUUUUUUUUUUUUUAUCAUUCAUACUGUCUAUUUUUUUUGUUUCUCUGUCUCCUCUUCUGAUGGCUAAUGAGAUGUUGUUGUCUAUCACGCGACAAGGAGUUUGCUAAAUUAGUUAAUCUAUGCCAUAUGUUUCUCUCUUCUCUUUUUUUUUUUCUGUGUAUUUUAUUUUAUUUUAUUUUAUUUUUCUUACGUGAGAAGAAUGAAGGGGAGAAAGACGAGUGACCGCUUCAGUGCCACUACCAAAGAUAGAAGUGAAAGUGUAUAGUGACAGGCACUCACCAGAACCCUUCAUUCACUCACCGACUCAUAAACAUCACAUUCUUCCUCGUCUUCUCUUUUCCACUCGUGUAAAAGAAGAAAAACUCUCAAGAAGGCUUUAUUCAUUCACUCAUUCAUUCACUCAUUUAUACAUCCACCCACCCAUUCAUUCAUUCAUUCAUAUACACCGCAUUUCCUUUUUCCUUUUUCUCCUCUCUACACAUGUGAAAGAAGAGGAGAUCACAGCAACUCACAGCAUCUACACACAUUAGUUUUCUUCCUCCUCAUCCUUCCUUUACUGUCUUCAUACAAGUUCCCUCUCACACAGUAACCUUCAAUCAGGACACAAAGCCUUCUAAAUAAACAGGCCCAAGUCUUCCUCUGUUUUAGGGUUUGCUGUAGCCAUCAACUGCCCAUGUGACUAGUUUUAAUUUGUGUGUCUCUGUUUACUCCCCACGCCUCCCUCGCUCUCAGGUAUGGAAGGCAAGGGACGGCGUGGCUGGAAGGUUGUACUAGUGUCACCUCCUACUUUCUAGCUCUCGGGAGUGACAAAGAGAUGUUUUAGUUUAGCGGGUGAUACUUUACGAACCCCAUUUUCAAACGAUCUUGAAGAGUCUCUAGUGGAAGCUAUUGGUGUCUUCAAGAGGAUGUUCAUGGUAGUUUAAAAAUAUUCUGCUAUUCUUGAAAAAAAAAAAUGACUCUGAAAAUUCAAGUAAUGAUCUCCGUGUCCUUAGAAAACAGUAGUAAUGAGAGGCUGAAAUGUUUAAAAAUACGAGUCUUCUCAUCAUGUGUUCUUGUGUUGCGCUCUCAGUGUUGCGGGGAGAGUCAGUCAGCUGGUGGUCUGAGUUUUAAAAAUUUUACCUCCGCUAGUGUUUGUUUUGCUGGCAACGCGGAAAAAGGGAGGAAAAUGCAGAGGUAAAUAAUUAAUAGCUGGCUUGCCAUUCGUCACGUGACUGGCGCUCUCUCCCAGUCACUCGUCCCUGUCUCGGCAAAACUUAGUAGGUCAGUAGCGCCGUGAUUUCGCUGCCGGUGGGUUCUUACGUGUGUGGCAUUGAAGGUAACAAGGAAAAUUGCAUGCAAGGUUCGGUCAGUUAUCUCAAAUUCUUCAAGAUCAACACCGUACUUAACACACACACACACACACACACACACACACACACACACACACACACACUAACCUAUCAGAAUCGACAUCCCUCUUAGCUUCUUUCAAAAUUCUACCAUGAACUAAGGCAGUGUUGUAUAGGAUGUAUUGUUAAGUACAAGCCCGGCAGGUGAGUGGCUGCCCCGAGGCCCUCACCUGCCCGUCCCUUACCUGAUUCACUAAAGGUUAACCAAAGCUCGGAGGAUUACAGGAUUUUGUAUCGUUUUCUUAUGAAAGACGAGACGCAUUAAAUAUGUAUAUAUAUUUUUAUAAGUAUAGGAAAAGGAAAAAAUACAAAGGAUACAUAAAAAGUGUUUAGCAGAGAGAGAGAGAGAGAGAGAGAGAGAGAGAGAGAGAGAGAGAGAGAGAGAGAGGCCAGUAGUGUACAAGACUAAACAUUUGGUGAAUUUAUGCUAACAAAUUAAGUUCUUUCUCUCUCUUUCACCAACUGUGCCUACUUGAAUUCAAGGAAACCUAACCAAACCUAACCUAAGCUAACCACAAAGACAAACACCACUCACUCAUCUCUGCUGUAACAAAACACACGUAACUUAUAAUGGCGAGGUGUGGAGGAGAAGAGAAGUGAAGUAUCUUUCCCUUGUGAGAAUGCUCGGUGCUAAGAGAUGGCGCGCCCUUAACUGUAUAUACCAUUGCUCACUCACCUAUGUACAGUCUCCCCUCUGUAAUUUUAAUAACAGAAAACGAGGUGACCUUCUCUCUUCCCUGGGGGCACUACGCUAACUUGUACGUAUGCAUGUGUAUGUAAGUGUGUGUGUUUAUAUUAAUUUAUAAUGUCUUUUUAUAUACGAGUACCAUUAUGUGUGUCUUGAAAUAUACUGAGUCUCGUAAGAGUUUAUACAAAUCUAAUGUGAUGUAAUAAAAAAUGAUUAAAUAAUA